AUGGCUAAAAAAUUCAACGUCCAAGAAGAUUAUCAAAAACAAUAUACCUUUGUUGAUCCUUCUAAUUCCACCGACGUACAUCGAACUCCGCCACCCCAUAUUCCCGAGAUUGAGCCUCCAUUUCCUCCAGUGAAUUUGGACAUAGAGAAGAUUAUGAAACAAAAGUCACCUAAAAAAAUAAAAAGUAAACCACCCAAUAA